AUGAACUCGCCCUGGAAAGGCAAAGCAAAAGCCACUAAUCAAGAUCAUGACGACUUGCGACCAACUUUAACUUACAGACACAUUCUAUCCAAUAACCUCGGUGUUAGAGAUCCCCUACGCGUCGUUGCCCUAUGCGAUAGUGACGCCUUCUAUGCUGCCUGCGAACGCGUCCGGCUUGAACUCGACCCGAACGUACCAAUUGUUGUACAACAGUGGGAGAGUAUCAUAGCAGUGAGCUACCCUGCACGCGAAUUUGGCAUAUCCCGCAUGGACAAGAUUAAGGAUGCCAAGAAGAAAUGUCCUAAUCUACUUGCCGUACAUGUCGCAACGUACAAGGAGGGCGAGAAGGAGCCCAGCUAUUGGAAGGAUGUCGAUACGCGCACUCACAAGGUAUCCUUGGAUCUAUAUCGACGUGAAAGUAACAAGAUCAUCACUAUGUUUAAGGAGGCUCUUCCGACCGGUGAAGUUGAGAAAGCCUCCAUCGACGAAGCAUUCAUUGACUUUACUCGUCCUGUGAGAGAAAAGUUACUUGAACGAUAUCCAUACCUUGCCCAAGUCCCUGCCGAUGCCCCAAAUGGGAUGGACAGCCCUCUACCACCACCAUCUCCAAUAAAGUGGGAUAAUCUGGGAACAGUCUUAUUACCAGAAGGAACUGAUGGUGCUGGAGAACAAUCUAACAUUGAUGUUGAUGGUGGUGCAACAUGGCACGACGUAGCGUUGUCAAUUGCCGCAGAGCUGAUGCGAAAGAUCCGCGAGGACAUACAUUCAAAGCUAGGCUAUACAACUUCUGCUGGGAUUGCUCGUAAUAAGUUCCUUGCAAAGCUUUGUGCCUCUUACAAGAAACCCAACAGUCAAACUAUCCUUCGGAAUCAGGCCAUUCCAAGUUACCUCCAUCCCUUACCCUUUCAAAAAAUUCGCUUCCUCGGUGGAAAGCUCGGUGAUGCCCUAGCGAAAGAAUAUGAUGUUUCAACCGUAGGCGACUUGUUUUUCUUAUACAUGGUAGAUGAAAUACAAAGCAAGUUCGGCGAAAAUGCGCUAUGGAUAUAUGAAUUACUUCGUGGCAUUGACCGCACUGAAGUCAAAGAAAAGUCUGCGCUCUUCAAGAGCAUGUUGGCGUCAAAGAACCUUCCGAAGCCGAUAACGCAGCCUUUGGAUGGACACCAAUGGAUCAGAGUCCUUGCUGCAGAGCUGGCGUUACGACUCAAUGAUGCUAGAGAGUCGAUGCCGACGCUGUGGCCGAAGACUAUUGUGCUCCAUGUUCGCAAAGGACACGAAACGUCGCGAUCCAAACAAGUAACAUUUCCUUUCGUCCGCAAUGUGACAGUGGACGUGAUUGCGGCUGCCGCAGACAAGCUAUGGAAAGAGCUUACUGGAGACUCAAAAACUGUCAACAUCACAUCGGUCCAGCUAGCAUUUACUGGCCUGGAGAAGGCUGAGAUGGGCCAGAAAAGCAUCGAAGGGUUCUUCGCGACUCGAGAUGUUCAACGAACAUUCCUCAAACGUUCACGCGAAGAAGAUGAGCCUUUGGUCUCGCUUGAGAACACGGACCUGGCUCUUCCCAAAUCUAGUGAUAUCGAGGCAGUUUCAUUCCAGUGCACCCGAUGUCGUAAGACGAUCGCACUUCGAGAAGGUCAAGCAACAGGUGGUCCCAGCGAAGUAGCACAACGAUUGGCAACGUUACGAUCGGAACACGGCGACUUUCAUUUCGCACAGGACUUGGCAAACAGCAAUGAGGGGUCGGUGCCUGUACCUCGCGGUUCAUCGUUGAAACGUCAGAAAGUGGAACCAAAAGGGAUUGCGAAGUUUUUCAUCCAGAAGUAG